CAUAUGUUAGUUUUGUGGUUGACUUUGAGUUUUGGGUCAAUUUUGCAAAAAGCCCUUUAAUAAUCUGGUAAAUCAUUUUUGGAAUUGCCAUGAAUGGUGAAGUAUUGCCCAAAUGGUGAAAAUAUUCGAUUUAAAUAUUUCUUUCCCAAUUUGAAAAAAUCAUGGAUAAAAAACUCAUUAUUCAUUCUGAGAUGCAUUAGUUGAACAUUUGUGAGAAAAAUAUAUUUUAAUACUCACUAUUGAACCAAAAUAUUUUAUCUUAUAUAUAUUAUGAUUUAUUGUACUUUUAAUAAUAAAUGUUUAAUUUAAAUAAAUUAUAUUUUGUGGAUGUUUUAUAAACAUAUAAGAUAUUUGGAGUUAAUUGAUAAGUUUUUGUAAGUAGAAGGUGUUAAUAACAAUUUUUAAUUAAAUAAAAAUAGAUUUUUUUGAAUAUUUAUUUUGGAGUAAAAAUAGAGUAAUAUAUUGGAGUAAAACUCUACUUUAUUUUAGUGUUGCACGAUUUUAGCAUAAAAUAUAGAGUAAUACAUUGGAGAUGAUCUAAGCCUUAGAUAAUACACAUUAGAUGAUAUACUUAUAAAAGAAAUAAUAAUAUAUGUUAUUGUCCAAUUUGAAAAUCUUUCCCUUAAAGAAAGUUGGAUAUCAAUGUUUUUAGUCCUCCACUACAGGUCACUUUAUCAGACAAACAAUGAUGUACACUUUAGACUCUUUUUGGCGUUUACUGGUAUACUAGUUUUUAUGGACACUACUUUUAAUUGAAUUACAUAUAUUAAAUAACUUUCUAAUGAAAUUGAAAGGAACCAUGGAAUUUCCUUCUCUUUUCAGUCUUUGUUUAGUUAUUUUCUUCAUUUUUCCAACAAAAAUUGUAAAUAAUUAGUCGUUAGGUAGUUUCCAAGUGUGAUCAAAAUUGAUAGAGACUUCUCAAGUAAAAUUUUGUUAUAAAUGUCAUAAGCUCUUGUAUCCCAGAACCACUAUCUUCUUCCCCAACAUUAACCUUCCUUUCUGAUCAAAAUCUCAGCUUAAUCUCAUCUCAGAAACCUUCCUUCUAGUUCAAGAAAUCAUGAGUCAAACCAGUGUGAGAAAAGAUCAGAAGCUUCUUCUUCUUCAGACAAAGAAAAGCAAAAGAAACCUAAUUGAAAUCUUGAUGGGAUCGAUCGUGAAGCCAAUGUUUGGAGAUAACAUAACAACUAUUGGAUCAAACAUUGCUGGUCUGCUCUUCAUCAUUGAAACUCUUCGGAGAUACUUCCCUGUACAUCUCAAGAUCACGAUCCAAGAGCUUCUCGUCAACGCAAUCCAGCGGUUACCCUUUUUCAAGAAGUGUUCUGACAAGACUCUUGCCUUCUUCUCGCCUUACACUCGGAUAAGGUUCAUAGAAAUCGAGGAGAAUAAAUAUAACUACGCUUACUCAGCCAUCAAGACCUACCUUGGUGCACAAGUUAACCCUCAAGUGAAGAAUCUCAAGGGUAGCCAGGGGAGGGGGAGAGAGUCUUUGGAUUUUAAACGCGAUGAUGAUAAAUUUGAGGAUGAGUAUGAUGGUGUGAAGAUGUGGUGGGAGGUUCUAAAAUCCACAGACGGUGUUAAAAUGUGUAGGCUUACUUUCCAUAGAAGUAACUGGGAGGUAGUGACUGGUUCUUACUUGAGGUACGUUGGGGAAGAAGGCAAGUCCAUUGAAGAAAAGAAGAAGAAGGUUAAGCUCUUUAUGAACAAUCCAAGUUCUAACUGGAAGAUGCAGAUGAAAAAUCUAUGGAGUAGCAUUGACUUCGAGCAUCCAGCAACAUUUGACACAAUGGCUAUGGAUCCAAAGAAGAAAGAUGAGAUUAUGAGAGACCUUUUAGCGUUUAGAGACAGCGAAGAGUAUUAUAAAAAGAUUGGGAAAGCUUGGAAGAGGGGCUACUUGUUGCAUGGACCUCCAGGGACAGGCAAGUCCACGACGAUUGCAGCUAUGGCGAAUCUAAUGAGUUAUAGUAUCUUUGAUCUUGAGCUAACUUCGAUAGAAAACAACUGGGAACUCAAGAAGCUGGUGCUAGCUACGACUAGUAAGUCCAUCAUUGUGAUUGAGGAUAUAGACUGUUCCUUGGACCUCACGGGAGAGAGGGGAGUUAAAGAAGAUCAGAGCAAUGCAGAAAUUAAGAAAGUGAAGAAGAAGAAUGCAGUUACACUCUCUGGCUUGUUGAACUUUAUAGAUGGGAUUUGGUCGGCUUGUGGACAAGAGAGGAUACUUGUGUUUACAACGAACCACUUGGGGAAACUUGACCAGGCUUUGAUCAGAAGAGGUCGGAUGGAUAUGCAUAUAGAGUUGUCUUAUUGCAGAUUUGAAGCGUUCAAGAUUCUUGCCAAGAACUAUCUGAAUCUUGAUUCGCAUCUCUUGUUUGGUGAGAUUGAGACGUUGCUUGAAGAAACGAAUAUGACACCGGCUGAUGUUGCGGAGAAUUUGAUGGUGAAAGAUGGUGAAUCGUCUGGUGGUGAUGGAUCACUCAAGGGUUUGAUCCGAGCUUUGGAACAGAUGAAGUUGAACCAACAUUCAGAUGAACAACAGAAGGAGAUUAACAAAUAAAUAAUGUUAGCUGUUUUAUCAUCUGCUUUGGUAUCAUCAGUGUUUCAUUAUGUUUUUAGCACCAAUUGUAGCUAGUAAAAUCGAAUUUAAUAGCCGUUUUGAAACUAGUGUUUAUUAUUA